AUGAAACAGGUCAUGCUCCUACUGCUCAGUACUCAGCCUCUACCGCACAACACUCAGCCCCUCUGCCUAGUCGCAGUCGUGCGCGGGUCGAACGUCGCCGUCGGCACCGUCACCGUCUCAAACUCCGUCGUCGUGCUCGUCACCGUCCUCGUCCCCGGCACCGUGUCCGUCUCCGUCUCCGUGCUCGUCACUGCGCGCGUGCUCGUCACCACCGGCGUCGUCGUCGUGCGCGUCAAUGCCGUGCGCGUCCCCGUGCUCGUCGUCGUGUCCGUCUGCGUGCUCGUGACCGUGCGCGUCGUCGUGACGGGCAGCGUCGUGCUCGUCGUGGUGGUCGACGUCGACGUCUGCGUGAGCGUGGACGUGUCCGUGUCGGUCGUGGUGAUCUCCACCUGGCGCUUGGCGAGCGCGGUGCGCGUGACGGUGUGCGUCGUGGUCUCGAGCGUGAACGUCGGCAUGUACGUCGUCACGGUGCGCGUGGUGACCGCGGGGCAGGCUUUGGGGGAGGGGGUCAGGGCGCACGGACAGGGGUGGGUGGGAGGGUGCUUACUGUCGGCUGCGACGCCGGUGCAAGCGGCGAGCGCGAUGGCGAGGAGCGUGGCGAACCUGGUGUUCAUCAUCAUCAUCGUCGUGGAAGUGCUGGUGGGUCUUAUACUCCCUCCUGCCGCCCCGCACCCGCCAUCCAAGUACUCAACGCCUCAGAGCGCAACGCCCGACCCGACCGCCUCUGCGCGUCAUUGCAGACCACCCUCGCACUUGAUGGUCCGGUACGCCUGA